AUGAACGGGAUCUUCCGGGACAUCAUAGUGUACCUGGACGAUAUUCUGGUAUACAGUGCGACAAAAGAAGACCAUUUGCGGGACUUAGAGGAGGUGUUCCGGCGUUUACAGGGGCAUCGGCUGAUUACGAAGGGGUCUAAGUGCGAGUUCCUAAAGCUGGAGUUGGAGUUUUUGGGGCACAUGGUUUUCGGCGAAGGAAUUAAAUCGACCCGCGUAAGGUGGACGCCGACCGACUAA